GACAGCCCGUCAAUAACAUAUCGUCAUCGUUGUUGUAGAUCUGUGCCAGAGAGAGAAACAGAGGGGUGCUCGCACUAACAACACGACUUUCGACAUAUAUCUACAUUAUUGCAUGACAUAUGUGUACCCUGGAAGUGUUGUUAAACUCCCAGUUCAAGGAUGAAAUCUCGAUUGUCAUAACUGCAUUAGAGAUGUGCCACAUGAAGGUGUUUAGUGAGGAGAAACAAAGUUUGCGCAAGUAAAACUGAAAAGGAAUACUUUUGAUUAUUAGGACACAUUUCGCAGUAUCACUCAGGUGAAGCUAUUUUAGCUAUACACUUCUUGCACCUCCGGUUGCCUACAAUUUCCAAGGACCAUCAUGACGUUUUGGGAACCCACUUUCCUGAUCUUUCUUAUCACGUGCGUGUCUAUUGUGUAUCCUCUCACUGGCUCCAACGUCUGUACCACACAAAGCCUUGUUCCAUCCACUUCGGUUCAUUCGUCAGCUGCUCUUGAUUUGAACUGUGAGGAGUUAGGCUUUACGAUUGCCGCAUGUCAAGCCGCUAGGAAUGGCAGAAUAAGCUUCAGUGAACUCUACUUGACGAUAACCACUAAUUCGUGCUGUGAUGGAUGGACUCAAGAGGGAGAUAUUUGUUCUUCUUGUCCUACUGGGCGGUAUGGUCGUAACUGCUCACUGUCCUGUCAGUGCCUUAAUGAUGGAAUAUGUAAUCACCUGACUGGGGAGUGUAGCUGUACUGAAGGUUGGACAGGGAAUCACUGCGAAGAAAGGUGUACAACUGCCACGUACAGCUCAAACUGUUCUCUACCAUGCCUAGUUGUGUGUGAAAAUGGCGGAGUGUGCCAUCCCUCUAACGGCCAUUGCUUGUGUGAUUACGGAUGGGAGGGUGAUUCAUGCAACACCAGGUGUGUGGGACAAAGAUGCUACAUGGAAAGCGAUUCUUGCAGCAACGGCGCCUCUUAUGAUCCCACAGGUCAUUGCUUUUGCGCACCAGGAUGGCAAGGUCGUUACUGCACCGAGCCCUGUCCAUCCAACAGACACGGGACCUUCUGUGACGAGGUGUGCCAAUGUGAGAAUGAUGGCCUCUGUAGCUGGGAGGAUGGUUCUUGUCUCUGUCAACAAGGCUACUCUGGGAUGUUCUGUGAGAAUCCCUGCGAGGAAGGUUUCUACGGACAGGACUGUGAUCUCAGAUGUAACUGCCCUAUGGUUGGAGGAUGUGACGCCGUAGGGGGCGCCUGUCUAACGUGCCCGAUCGGGUAUUAUGGCCCAAGAUGUACCGAGCACUGUCCCCCAAGCUUCUGGGGCCUAUCAUGUAGCCAACCAUGUAACUGUCUUGACCAAUCAGCGUGUGAUCCAUACACAGGGGAAUGUCCAGGCCAGGGCGCACCUGCUCCUUCUUCUACCACGACAGGCAUGACAGGUGUGUAUCCAGCUGCAGUGACUACAAGUCCAAUGCCUUCCACGCUGGUAUCCAGAUCAUAUGCCAUACCAAGCGAUAAAGGCUCACCGCCCAUGACAUCGUUCACCAUACCACUCAUCGUCUGUAUCCUUCUUGCUGUCGUUGUCGGUCUCUUAGUCGUGAUCGCAUUAAAACACCCGUGUCGCCGAAAAUCGACUAUCGGAGCGGAGGGUGUCGUCAAACUCACUCAUCACUAUGCAGAAUGCAACGGGGGAAAGGAAGAAAGCGAUUAUGCCGAAAUAGUCGAUAUUAAUGGCGGCUAUGAGGUUCCGAUGCUUGACGAACUCAACAAGCCAUCGUCAUCAUCGAGCACAGGAAAACCUCAAUGUGAAGUCAAUUAUUACCAAGCUCCACCUGUACGAGCGCCAUCUAAUGACGUAACAACGCCAGAUCCUGUGACGUCAAACAAGAUUGAUAAUAACGGAUAUCUGCACCUUAAUGAAAGUAGGUCGCCACCUCCGGAGUAUCAAACUAUCAUUACCAAAAAUCAAUGGAAUCUGAAGUGA